GAACUAGGAACUGUUGAUCCCUUGCUUCGUCCGCAGCCAUGGACCCAAGACUCUAUCUUGCAGUUACAACAAGUGAUCAGUAUACAAGGAUUGAAGACUUAUAUAAAUUGCAGAAUGUGACUGUCCCAUCAUCUGCUGAGUUUAUCCGCUCCGGAACUCAGGUUGCCUGCAGUCGAGCCUUGGAGAAGUGUGCCUAGUAAAUCAUACACAAGUUGUAGCUCAUUUCCGAUAAUCAAGAAUCUACAGCGAGAAAUACUUCUACUAUCUCUGGCAUUCAAGCAGGUUAAAAAGCUUCAGAAGUGCAACAGUUUUACCUUGCCUUGAUAUGCCAUUGCUCCUAACUUACUGGUGUGGAUGUGAAAUUUACUGUCGAGUUCACAUAACGGUACUUAUAUUUUGGAACUGAGUUUU